AUGAUCCGUCUUAUCUUCACGACAACGGCAGUAAUCACCAGCUCCUCGGUAAUCUACUUUUACAUCUUCCACGAACGCUUAUCAAAACGCGUAACGCACAAGUCCCACAUCGGAACCCUCUCCACAGCCCCGGAACCAACAAGUAUAGAAUCCAUCCCGGAGCCUGUCUUGGGCCAUGGGUACUUCACUAUAUACGACCACGCCUCAAAGUCUGUACCGCGGGCCUCUCUCCCCAGCAGCGAGACCACAGAUGUACUCUUCAAAAGACUCGUGCGCCGCAACAUGAGGGCUUUCUCGCGGUCUCCGCAGGCGCUGAUGCUUUCUAUGGCUAGUAAGACAGCGGAGCAGAAGGAGAGUUUCGGAGCUGGACAUCUUUCCGCGCUGGACUUUGAGGUCGGGGAUUUGGUUUGUGGGGUUUAUCGGGUUGUGGUGCGGAGCAGGGAUCGUGUUGAGUUUGAGAUCAAGGUCGAGACGGUGGAUUAUGUACAGGGGAGAUUGGCGAUUAGUUAUAAUGAGGAUAGUAAUCGUGAGGAAGAAGGGAAGGUUACGUUUUGUAGUGAGACUGUUAUGUGGAAGAAAGCGGAUGAGGUGAGAAAAAUGCCGUUGGAGAGGCCUCUUUUGAGAUGGAUGCAUGAGACUGCUUCUUGGUGGUUGUUGGACUCCGGGGUUAGAUAUUUGGUGGAUCUGGAGGGUUGA